AUGGUUAACCAUAAGACCAUUGUCUCUGCCUUGGCCCUCUUGGCACUCGCUACUUCUGCCCCUACCCUUGGUAGUAGUUUCUCUAUCAACCAAGUUCCUAUUAAUGUUUCUUGUGUGCACCCAGCUGCUAAAUACGCCUGGGCUUAUACCAAAUAUGGUGUUAAUAUUCCUGAUUAUCUCACCUUAGCCGCUAGGUCUGGUAACCCUGGUCAGGCUGGCUCUGUUAUUGCUGAUCCCUGUUUCAAUGAUGCUGCAUACCUUUCUCUUAUUAGAGUUGGUAAUAACGAGUUAUUAGUGGAUCUUGAUACUGGUUCUUCCGAUAUGUGGGUUAAGAUUAGACAAACCCCUACUGCUGGACCUCGUACCUAUGAUCCUAUCACUGGUGUCGAACUGCCGAAUCAUUAUUGGCAUAUUAAAUAUGGUGAUGGCAGUACUGCAGGAGGUAGAGUAUAUAAAGAUAAAAUUCAGGUCAGUAAUGUUACAUACCCUCACCAGGCUAUCGAGGUUGCCGACUACCUCACUUCACAAAAGAUAAUCUUUAGAGAUGUAUUAGAUGGUGUUAUGGGAUUGGCCUUCCCUCGGUUAAAUACGGUGCAACCUACACCACAGAAUACUUUUUAUGAGAAUGUUAAGGAGAGCCUUGAUAUCCCUGUCUUUGCUGCUUACCUUAAGCACCGUGCUGCUGGUACCUUCGACUUUGGCUAUAUUGAUAGUCAGAAAUACACUGGGGAAAUCAUCUAUAAGGCUGUUGAUCCUAUCCAGGGAUUCUGGAAUGUUACUUUGGAUGGAUUCUCUAUUGGUUUUUAUACUGCUUUUAUCGACUUCCAGGCUGUAGUUGAUACUGGUAGUAGUCUUCUCCUCUUUGAUGACUGGAUGGUCAGCAUGUACUACACCUAUGUUGCCACUGCUUAUUAUUCUUAUCAGCAUGGUGGAUGGGUCUUUGAUUGCAAGGAGAAUAUUCCUCCCUUUACCAUUAUAAUUGGUCAACACGACGUUGUUAUUCCGCCUGAAUACAUAAAAUAUGCUGUCAUAAGUGGUACGGUUUGCUAUGGUGGUAUCCAGCCCACCCCUCACGACUACAAUAUUCUCGGCGACAUCUUCCUUAAGACCCUGUAUGUUAUUUUCGAUAACGGCACUCCUGAAUCUCCCCGGCUCGGUUUUGCUAAACAGGCCUAA